GUAAGAGUAGCUAACACAAAGGAAGUGUAUCAAAAGGGAGGGGGCACCAACCAGCGGACCAGUCUGGUAUGCGAAGGUUUCACUGCCACAAUGCACGUCUAGUCUUAGCCACAUAGUGAUAUUUUAUUGUACAUAUACUAAAUAUGAUAGAUAUACUUUGAUGAUGAUACUCAUCUUUAUCUCCCUCUUCGUACUGCAGGGGAAUAGUGAGGAAUAUAAAGGAAAGCAUAUUGGAAAGUUGAAUUCAUACCAUCAUCAAGUAUCGGGGGAUGUUUAUGCUGUCGACAAAUACACAAUACUUAUAACCGGUUUCAACUAUGAUGGAAAUGGUGCAGAUACAUUUUUUUGGGCUGGGGCUUCUAAUAGGCCUGGUCCACAAGGAUUUAUAGUUCCUGAUGAACAUGGAAAAACUAAUGUACUUGGAAGGUAUUUUAAUAAAGACUUCACGUUAACACUUCCUGAAAAGAAGAAAUUGACUGAUAUAAAAUGGUUUGCUGUUUACGAUCUUUCUAGCCAGAAUGCUUUUGGAGACGUGUACAUGGAUGAAAAUUUUGAACCACCCUCCACCCAAGUAAUAGCAGCACUUAGUAAAAAAUCACAUGGAGUAUCAUCAGGAAACCUGCAAAUUCUGGAUGCUAAAACUCUCGUUAUUCCAGAUUUAACAUACAAUGGAGCAGGAAAGGAUACAUACUUUUGGGUUGGAGUAGGUCCUCAACCAUCUACAAAAGGCUCAAAAGUGCCUGAUGAAUAUGGCUAUUUAGAACCGCUGAGAUUAUAUUCAAAGCAAACAAUAAAAAUUGAACUGCCUGGUGACCUCACAAUAUUUGACAUUGACUGGUUUAGUAUUUAUGAUGUUCAAGAAAAAAAUAAUUUUGGUUCAGUACUUAUACCUGACAACCCAAAUGUUCCUCCUUCACUAGUAAAAAUAAUUCCUCAAAAAAGGGCUCUUCCUAAUUGUAUCCAGCUUCACAAAGAUUUACAGGCUAGUUGGGAAAUAUUUGGACCUCAGAUAACAAUUCAACUUGCUGGUCGAGUUGAGGAAGAUGAAUAUAUUGCAUUUGGUCAGAGUGGUUCCAACAGCAAGUUACAAAUGCUUGGUUCAGAUGUUACCAUUGCAUAUGUUGAUGGCUACAGAGGUUUUGCCGAUGACUACAAUAUCACAGCUAAUUCACCAUGUGUGAAAGUUCUUGGUCAGUACAAGGGUGUAUGUAAGGAUAGUCGAGUUGGAGGAACAGAAGAUAACCAACUUCACACAUCAGAAAGGCAGGAUGGUAUUAAUACCAUUACAUACAGGCGGACACUUAAAUCAUCUGAUCCUGGUGAUAAGGAAUUUUUUGCUGAUGGAGUAACACACUUAGUGUGGGCAAUAGGAAAACUGGACUCAAACAAAGAACCUGCUUUUCACGAUCUUUAUCCAAGAGGCUCUGCCACUGUAGAGUGGGGAAAAUCCAUGCACAACUGUUUUUCUUUUACUACAUCAAAUCGUGACCUGGAUAAACCUUGGGAUAGAGCAAAGAUCAUUGAUAAAGCUCUUCGGGUUUACACUGCCACCUUGGGACCUGCAGGUAGCAGAAGGGGGUACCAAGGCAUCACAGGCAUGCCUUCUGGAGGACUAGCUUGGUAUAUCAAUGGUCUUCUUAUCCCAGAAAUUUGGAUGAAGCGGGGAACAACAUAUGCAAUUAGAGUAUUUGGAGGAAACAACCCCCAUAGUGCAGAGCUUUAUAACCCUUUUAUUAUUACUGAUGAACCUCAUGGUGGACUCGAGAGGAGGUCAGAAGAAGUUCAUAGGCACAUUAGAGCUCUUGCUGGUGUUCAGUACACACUGAGAGGGCAAUCUAGGCCAACAACAGUCGGACCACUUUGCUUGGCUCGCCACAAUGGGGUUGACAGAAGACUGGAUGAUGAUUAUCCUACUUUUAGAGAUUUCAAUAAGACAUUGGUUGUGACUUGUGAACCAGGUGAACCAGCAAUAUUGGAAGUGACUCCUAAUUCAACAUGGCCUGAUAUUGUGUAUUAUAACAGCUAUACCCACAUGAACACUGGAUGGAAAAUACACAUUGUUGAUACUUUUAAUGCCCAAUAUGGCUGUGCCUGCCACCUUAAAUAUUUUCCUAUGAUUAUCAUCUCGUCAUUACUUUUACAUUUGCUUAUUAAUUGUUAAUUUAUUUAUUUGUUAAAAUUGUUAAGAUUUAUUUAUAUUUUGACUUUUUUUUUUUGUUCCUUUAACACCCUUUCUUAUAAAUUGAACGUUUUGUUUUAUAAUAGUCACAUAUCUUUCUCUAUUAUCUGGAAGCACCAUAUAAAAUGUCAUUCUUCAAGCCAUAACAUGAUUGUGUCCAAUUUAUUAUGUGAUAAGAUAUGCUCUUUGAUUCAUUAAUUAAGGAAAAUUAAUUCAAGAUAAGCAUUUUUUUAUUGCUUCACCAUUGUUAAAUCUGGUCUUUCAGAAAAUUGUGAAGACUUGAAAAGAGGUUGUUAGUAACCAAUUGAUCAGUUCAAUUAAAGUGGACAACUAUUUCUUGAAAGUAAAAUUUGUAAGAAUUAUUGAGAAACUUGAGUUUUGGUGAAUUAAUAAUUUAUUGAUUAAUAAAUUAUUAUUUUAUUCAGUCAUAUUAUUAUUGUCACCCACAAAGCUGACAUUACAUAUGAUCCGACCAGAUAACAUUGGACACACAAAACAACCUAUUUAUAAUAUUUAUGUAAGCUUUUCUUUGAUGGAUUAUGGUUUGAUAUAAAAGUAAUUAUGAAUUUUCAGUGACGACAUAUUAUGUACUAAUUAAGACAUACAAAAAGAUAGAAUGUCUUAAAGUUAGAGUUAUAAAAUAUAAUAAAAUUAUCAUUAACAUUAUAUUAAAUCUAAAAAUUAACAUUAGAUCAAUGGCACAUCCUAUUUGAAAUAGUCUGGUAAAGAAAUGAGCAAUUUCUAGUCCUUGUAACCUUCACAUUUUCCUCUGAUUUAAUUGUUUCAUUAACUGAAAAAUCUUACUUUAUAUGGCUAAUUUUAAUUUACAUAUAAUUCAGGUAUUACUUAUUCAUAAUAACAGUAAUUAUUAUAUUCACUUUUUUAAUUUUGAUUUUUAAAAAAUUCCAUUUUGAGGUAGGUGCAUAUAUUAGUUUAAUUGAUAUUCAGUUUUGGUUUUAAAAAUGUUUAUAAAGUGUAUUUAUAACAUAAUGAUCUAUUUCUUAAUAUAACCAUUAAAACUA